AAAAGACUAAAUUUCCAUUUGUAAAUUUGCCAAAAAAUGUAAAAAACUGAAUAUUGUACUUCUGUGAGUCAAAAAUCGGUCAAAUCCAGACAAACCACCAAUUUGUGUGAUGAUUUUCUAAUUCGUGGGGCUAUUUUUAGUAAUUCCCGUCUGGCUAUUAAUAUACGCCAGAUGUACGAAACUGAAAAAUUUUAAAAAACUCAUUCUUUCCGAAAAUCUUAAAAGUGUUUCCUAAAAUCGUGCGAGGAAGAAAAUCGAGAUCAACGUUCUUUCUGCAUCGUUGGUCGGUUGUGACGGCAGCACACUCAUGUUUAUCUCAGAACACGCAACAAAACUUUAACGAUGUUUGUAUCGGCGAGGUUUAUUUGGCGUAUAAACGAAAUUAGACGCACAGAACAGGUACAAAUUAACAGAAAAAUUACGAAACAGCUUCUGUGCCAACACACCUAACGUCUUUCCGGCGUCGCGCACCGUCUCUAAAACUAAAGGAGGUUAAAAAUAAACAGAUUUCGCUAUGACUGGCUACAGAAACGACAACACAACUACUAGAACUCAAAACGCUACUCUCAUCUCGAGACGAUCUUGUGUCGGUUCCAUAAUCCGCGUGGUUUUGCACCUAAAAGUCACAAAAAAGUACCGAUAUGGCGAUUGCCGUAAAACCGAGUGUUUAUGUUCGCAGCUAAUUAUAAAGUGGUAAGCGCUGUUUUACGAGCUAAAUUUAGUCCAUUCAUUGGGACAAUGGACUUGCGAGAUGAGGUGAAGUGAUCGAGAUGUUUACUUCGUUUAAAUUGCCGUCUCUGAGACCCAGGGCCAAAAGUCUCUCGGAGGAUGUGCCUCCCAGCAUUCUCUGCAAACCUCCCAAGACGCCUAUCAGCAGUCCGAAACAGAAACAUGGCAAAAGAAACUCGGAAUUGGAGCCAUGUCCUAGCAUCGCGUCGCUUCGUCCCGGAUCGGUGGCCUUGACGAGCGAACAACUGCUUCCUGGAGAUCGCAUCUACAGCGUGAACGGCAUUAACACUUCCCGCAUGCGGCCCGAAGACGUCUCCAAGUUGUUGGAAAACGUCGACGGAAACGCCCUCCUUGAAAUACAAUACUCCCUCCCCAACUACGGUAACACACUUCUAAAUCACACCAACCCUCGACUCACUUUCAUGAUGUCUUCAGCUUCGCAAAGUUCCCUCUGCGUGACCUCCAAAGUGACCGAAGUGACCCUCGAGCGAAUCGAGGGCUCACUCGGAAUCACGUUACGGGGUGGUUCUGUGCCCGAACACCCCCAUCUAAGCCGGCCAUUGGUCAUAACUCACGUGAGGCACAACGGCCCCGCCCAUAGAAGCGGUUUGAUCAGAGUGGGAGAUCGAGUAUUAAAGGUCGAUCAUCAACCGCUGGUUCACAAAACAUUACUUGAAGCUCAACAAAUACUAAAAGACAACUCGACGUAUGCUUUCGCCACGUUGACUAUUGAAUAUGAUGUCAGCAUUAUGGAAUCGGUUAAGUAUGCCCAAGGGGCUUUAUUGGUCGAGAUUGACCGCCAAACCGAAGAAGAUUUCGGUUUGGUUCUAACCAACUGUUGUGAACUAGGCCCGGAUGAGAUUCUCGCAGCUGGGUAUUUUGUUGAUCACGUGGUACCGGCGAGUACUGCUGAUAGGUGUGGGGCGUUGAAUCCUGGUGAUCAAAUUUUGGCUAUAGAUGACUUGAUUUUGGAAAACUGGAAUGGAAGUACCAACGACGCGGAAAGGUUGUUACGAAGAGCCACCAAGUUGCAAAUAUUGCCCUAUCAUACGGUACAAAGGGCAGGAUCAAGAAAUUACGCCAGUUUUAGUACUCUGAACUCAAGGCGAUCCCGGAAUCGGGUAAAAAGACAAAGUAUUUUUCAUAAAUCGGUUGAUGGAGAUUCGGGGAGUAAUUUUUGUGGAUGUACUGGAAAUAUGGGAGUUUGUCAUGUUGAGUCUCUCACAACGACUCUAGUCUCAGAUCGAGGGUACGGUUUUACAGUUUCUGUAGGAGAACACAGUGAGAAUAGAACAGCGGAUAUAUUAAUUUCGAGGAUUUUGCCAGACUCGCCUGCAUAUAGAUGCGGGUGUCUCCAAGUCGGCGAUCGCAUCAUUUCAGUUAACCACCAAUCAAAUUUGACCCUUCAAGAAAUCAACUCAAUUUUAGACCUUGGCAACGACUCCAAUUCUAAACUAACACUCGAAAUUGAAUUUGACGUCGCCGACACCAUUGUACCAUCAAGUGGCAUCUUUACUGUCAAGCUACCAAAACGAGGUCCAGGUCUCGGAAUCACAAUAACGGCGUCCAAAACUUGUCCAGAUGAACCUUUCCUAAUCUCGGAAAUCCGUCGAGGAUCAAUCGCACACAGAAUCGGUACUUUACAUGCCGGCGACCGUCUUUUAGCAAUAGACAACAGACCCUUAGACCAUCUAAGUCUCGAAAGUGCUUUUGAAAUUCUUCAAAGUUCCACAAAUGACAUCGUCACUCUCAAAAUUGAAAAAACCGAACUGGAAAACGCAAAUUUAUUCCUAGACAGUGUGGUCUAUACUGUUGAGUUGCACCGCUAUGGAGGACCCUUAGGAAUUACAAUUUCGGGAAGUGAGGAUUGUAACGAACCCAUAGUUUUGUCGAGGUUGACUGAAGGAGGUUUAGCUGAAAAAACAGGAGCACUACAUGUCGGAGACAGGAUUCUAGCAAUAAACGGGGAAAGUCUCGAAAAUCGUCCAUUGAGUGACGCCAUUAGACUACUCCAGACGUCUGGAGAUCGCGUCCAGUUGAAAAUUGCCAGAAACAUCAAAAAUUCAGAUUCUGGAAUUGAAGAGGGGAGAUGUAACUAUUCCAGUCCUGGUGUGUUAAGUGUCGAUAGUGCGGUUCAUUCAUGGGAUAGCAAUACAGCUGACAAUACCAACGACCAUAUCGAUGUUCAAAUAAAAGAUGAGGAAAGCGUCUUAAGCGAACCCCUCUCUCUACCCUAUCAAGACAAACAAAAGAAACACGAUUCCCAACUCCAGUUCUACUCAGAUGCCGAAGACAUGUUCUGUCCCAGCCCCCUCCCCCUCCCUAAUUACAACUUCACUAACCCGAACUACGGCCAAUCUUCGGCAAACUUCGUCAAUCGUUUGCAGGGGACGUACAGUAAUGAAAGCAUCCAAGAUCACGAAAUCUACCAUGUGACUCUUUAUAAAGAUUCAAUCUAUGACGAUUACGGAUUCAGCGUUAGCGAUGGUCUCUACGAGAAAGGAGUGUAUGUGAACAGGAUAAGAAAAGGUGGCCCUGCUGAUAUUGUAGGACUUUUGAAGCCCUACGACAGGAUAAUUCAAGUGAAUGAUACCAAAACGAAGGAUUUCGAUUGUUGUCUUACCGUGCCUUUGAUCGCCUCAGCUGGUGACCGAAUUGAGCUAUUGAUUGCCAGAAAUCCGUAUUUAAAUUUCACAGAAAGGGAUCUUCAGGACAACGUCUCGAAAAAGUCGUUUUCCGCCAGUCAGAACACUAUUACCAAGACUUUGUAAUUUAUACGUUAUGUAAUUCCAGAGUGGCACAAAUAUAUUUAUUUUUUAUCAUUGUAAGGUGUUGAAUUAAUAAACUUGUAAAAAACAUAA